AUGACAUUGGUGAGGAGGAUGAAGUCGACUGCAUCAGCCUUUGAUCGUUUGAGAAAUCAAGGUCAUGUCAAGUCCGCAGCUGGUCAACAGCCAGAUAGUACCAAGCAAGAUGACGACCCAUCAACAAAACUCAGAACACGUAUGCAGACGCUUGAAAGCAAAGGUGUUAUUUUACACGAAGUGACAAAUGUGAACAACAACAAGACUGCUGAACUGACUUCUGUUAGACGCCAUGUUUUAAACCAGGGUGAGGUGGUUGAUGAUGCUGCACACGCUCAGCAUAAAGUUCCUGUGCCCCUGGCUUGGAGUCCCGGCAUGACAUUCAAAUCAAACCCUUUGUUAAUGAUCACACCCGAGAAACUACCUUUCUCUGCAAAUGAGAAUUUCCUGUCAACAAAAGAGAACAUUCUAGAGCCUCAGAGUGCAAAUAAAAUCCCCAAACCUACAGCAUGGAGUCCAGGAAUGAAAAUUCAGCCAGAUCCAAAUCUUUUUAUAACACCAGAAAAGACUGUCGGCAAGAAAAUAAUUGCCAGUGUCAGUGACAGCCGACAGACAACUGACACUGUCAGUAGCAGUAUUCAGAACAUUCCAGCGAAAGUCAAGAAUUCAUACUCUGUAAGAUUUGACCUUCCGUCUUCUACUUCAGAAGAUGAAAGUAAAGACCCACUAUCGGAGACUGAUUCUCCGAUCACUAUACGAGGACGUGACCUAGAUGUACAAGGCCAAAGCUUUGAGAGUCCUGAGGGGAAAUCAUUUAGUUUUCAAAAGACUUAUAAUCCUGGCAUAUAUUCAGACGAGUCAUCGCUAGAUGAAUCUAUUUUAAACUCUCGACUAAAUUGUAGUUUUGAUAAAAGUUACAAAAAGCAAACAAGUUUAGGUGUAACAAAAUCACUUUGUGAUAAUUCUAAUGUCCCGGCAAAUGUUAGUUCAGUCUUGCCAAAUUGCACAUCAGAUCAAAAUAAGAGUCCUAGCAGUGAGGCAAAACCAUGUAAAUCUACAGAGAACUUUCCUAAAACUGGAAACAUGAAUGCACAUUUAUCAGUUUCAAGCACCUGGCCACAGAGAAUUAACCCAAAAUUAAAAAGUGCUAAAAAUACUAGAUCUAAAGACCUACAUGACAGGAAAAAACUGCCAGUUGGUGACAAGUUUAUUGCAAAAGCAGAUCACAUGAAAUCACAGUUGUCGACUGAGUUAGCUCCUGAAGGUUCUGUGGUGAUCAGAGAGAUGCAGAGUCAUCAGCUAUCAACAAAGUACUCAUUUCCAUUUGAGCUAACGGCAACAGCGGACGAUUGUGAAUAUGAACAUGUCUUUGCAAGACCAGAGUUCAACUCCACCCUGGCAAUUCGAGAACGGCUGGACAACUUACAGGACCAGGAAGUGGAUGUGAUGAAAGCUGUACAAGACACCCUAGCCAAGUCAGAGGUCAAGAGGUCAGAGUUGAAUGAAAAGGCUGCAGUUUACACAAACCGCCUGUCGGGUCAGUUCAAGAAUCUGGUGGAUUUGAAUACAUCCGUGGAAAGUCUGUGUGACCGAAUCGUGCGCAUGAGAACAAGCAAAGUGCCCUGCAAAAGAAGAGCCGCUAACACAGAAAAGAAAUUCAGCGAGUCUCAGAGAGCGCCAGACCUGAUGGAGUUUUUUACCUCAGAUCUGCAAAAGGAAUAUCCAGACGUGACCUUGCCAAGUGUCACUGAGGUGACCUCGCAGCUGAUGACCUCCCCACCUGAGACCACCUUUGACCUUUAUCGACACAACCGUCUGUGGCAAGGCAUCAGUGACUUCUGA